AUGACCGACAUCGACAUCCAACCGUUUCUCGACACUAUUCCUAAAACAGUUCUCGACACGGCGAAAGCGCUCAAGACGUUCGGAAAGCUCGAAGCUGUAUUGCAGACAUAUGCGCAAUCUCUGCAAGAUGGAGGCCAGCCGGAAGAGAGAAAGGCGGAGCUGGAGAAAAAGUUAAGGCCGGUUUUGACGGAUGCAGGGGUGGGGAAGAAGGGUGUGCUCGAGAUCGUCGAUGCUUGUUUGGCUGUCAAGCCAGCAUCAGCGGCUGACGGUAAGGACGACGUGAACCAUUCUUCAGAAGCCCAGACACAAGAUUCAGCUGCUGGCAGCAAGCCCAAGUCUACCAAGAAGUCCGCCUCCGUUGGCGAUACCGACAAAGAAUCCAAUCGAAAGACCAAGAAACCAUCUGCUCGCCCCUCCAACAGAUCCACCGAUCAGGAUCUCGCCAAAGCAGUCAAUACCAACCUUUACAUCACCAACAACACCGACCCCAAAAUUCCCCACAUCACCGCGCUAUCUCAAGAAUCUCGCUUCUACCUCGACUGCACUGACACGGCUUCCCUCGAAAUCGACCUUCGCAACGUCACCCUGACCCUCGCCGGACGCGAUCUCCUCACUGAUGCCCACCUGCGUAUCAAACCCAAUACUCACUAUGGUCUGGUGGGACGAAAUGGGUCCGGCAAAUCGACGCUGCUCACUGCGAUCGGGGAGAAGCUCAUCCCGGGGUUGCCGAGGGGGAUGAAGAUAUUGUUGGUCAGUCAGUUGACGAAUGUUUGGGCGGCAGAUGGGGAGGAGGGGAUGGAAGAGAGUGUAUUGAGAGUAGUUGUGCGAAGUGAUCGGGACAGGAGGAGGGCGGUUGAGGAGUGUAGGCUGUUAGAGGGAGUAUUGGAGGGGAAAGGAGAGGAGGGAGUGAGGGAUGUUGUGCUGGGCUUGGAGCUGGAGAGGAGGAAGGAGGAAUUGAAGGAGGCGAGAAAGUUGGCGGUCAAGUGGUCCGGUGCGAAGGGGCAGGGUGCGCGAAAGGAGCUCCUGAUAGCCGAAAAGCAGUUCGAGAUGGCACAGCAAGCUGUGCACGAUCCUCCCGCUGUAAACCCUGGCAAUUCGAGCUGGUCGGAGAAGGCGGCAAAGAUGUUACUCGAAUCGCAACAGCUUCUGGAAGAAGUCGAUGCUGCCACCACCGAAGCCAGAGCCGAAAAGAUCCUCAUCGGACUCGGUUUCUCACCCGACCGCAUCCAAGGUCCCUUCUCCGCCCUCUCCGGCGGCUGGAAGUCCCGAGCAUCUCUCGCAUCCGCUCUCCUCCAGCCCUCUGCCCACCUGCUCCUCCUCGACGAACCCGUCAACUACCUCGACCUCCCCGCCGUCCUCUUCGUCCAAAACUUCAUCUCCUCCAUCCCUCACACCGUCAUCACCGUCUCGCACGAUCGCGAGUUCCUCGACUUCACCUCCUCCUCCCUCCUCAUUCUUCGCAACCAGCAACUAUCCGUCUUCGACGGAAACCUCACCGACUACCAACGCGAACAAAAACAACUUCGUCUCUACCACUCUCGACAACAAGCGGUGCUCGAUAAGAAGAAGGAAAGUAUCCAGAAGAGUAUCGCUUCAGUUGCCGCAUCAGCACGGAAAAGUGGUGACGAUAACAAGCUGAAGAUGGUGAAGUCGAGACAGAGAAAGUUGGAUGAAAGGUUUGGGUUGGAGGUGAACAGUAAGGGACACAGGUUCAAGUUGAAUAGGGAUUUUGGCGGGUUCCAUCUGACGAGUAGAGAUGGGGUGGAGAUCGAGGAGGCGGAGGAGAGGGUGAGGUUUAGGUUUGUGGAUCCGGAAGGGUUGAGGUUUCCGGGUAGCUUGGUGCAUCUGGAAGGUGUCAGUGUUAAGUACGAGGGAAAUGCGAAGGAUACGAUAAAGGAGAUUGGGUUGACGAUCGGUGAAGGUGAAAGGGUCGGCAUAGUCGGACCGAAUGGACACGGUAAAACGACCUUACUGAAUUGCAUCCUGGGCAAGUUGACACCCAACAAAGGAUCAGUGGAGAGACACCCUCGAGCCGUCAUCGGUAUGUACGCCCAGCACACGCUCGAACUCCUCUCCACCCAACCCACCACCGCCCUCCACCACUUCAUGGAACGACACCCCGACGCAUCCGAAGCACACGCAAGAUCCUUCCUCGGCUCCUUGGGCCUCAAGGGUCGAACGGCGGAUACGAUCCUCUUGACAGGUUUGAGCGGUGGACAGCUCGUCCGUCUCGGUCUGGCGGAAGUCAUGUGGUCCAGCCCGGAUCUGGUGGUGCUGGACGAAGUGACGACGCAUCUCGAUAGCGAUACCAUCGAUGCGCUGGUGGACGCGCUGCGGGCGUACAGGGGUGCGGUGCUGCUGGUCAGCCACGACAGAUCCGCUGUCAAGCGCAUCGUUGAGCUGGCUGCGAGUCCGUCGGCCGGUUCCGAUGAUGAGGACGAGGAGGCUUCGGAAGACACAGACACGAACUUGAAGACACAGGCAAAGGAGCCAGGAAGGGUUUACUUGUUGCAAGACGGAACGUUGAAGUUGCUACAGGGUGGCAUGGAUCAGUACACCAACUCGGUGAUCGAGGGCCUUUAG